UCAUCCCGAAAUCCCCACCCCAUCCAUCCAUACCCUAGCCGCCAGUCUUCUCGUAUCUCUCAUCGGCGGCUGUGGUGUCCCCUCCCCUCCUCUCCUCCCCGCAAGAUCCGGUGUGCCGGCGUGCCAGCGCCUCCACCCGUCUGACGGUGACGGCCUGACGGGCGAUGCGCUGGGCGGGCCUCCGUCGGCACGAGUUCCUCUCAGCAGGGCGGCCCUAGCAGCUCGCGGCCCCACCAUCUGGCAGGUAGCCGCCGGCGGAGCAGCUGUGCCUUCUCCUUUGACGGGCAACACGCCCACACGGCAACAAGGCCCGCUCCUUCAGCACCGCGACCCAUCUCCUCCCUUCGCUCCCCCAGCGCCCGCCGCUCUCCACGCGGUCGGCCCGUGCGCCGCCCUCCACGCUCCCCUGCCCAGCUGCAGCUCGAGUCCGGCUGGUGCGGCAGCACCCUCCCUUCCCACGACUUCUCUGUUCUUUCUCUCGGCCUCGGUCUUCCUUUCCUAGCGGCGACGACAGGGCGAGUUGCGCUGCCCGUUGUUCGUCGAGCGACGGGCGCUUCGCCGGCGACGAACAUCCGACAGGGUUAUUGCCUAUUCCCCUCCCUUCCCAUGUCCUAUUCUACAAAGUUCAUUAUGUCUGGAGAACGGGAGCUGCAUGGCAUAGGCACCGUCACUUCAUCAUCUCAACCUUUUUGACUCGUUGUUUGGUGGGGAGGAUGUGGUCGUCCAGUACCAUGUUGAUGUUUUGGCGUGCAACCAUGCGACACCUAGUAAUUACAGUCGAUAUCAUCAUGCUGAGCAUUUUGUGGUAGACGGCAAGAUCAUAUCUUUGGGUUCCAGCAUAUACCUACUCCCCACAAGGUUGCUCUAGAAAAUAUGUCGACACAUGCCUCUAAUCGGUCGUACAGAUAUCCGGACAAUACCCAAAUACCAUACUACAAUGGCAAUCUAGUGCCAGUUGGGGGCAAUGGUACUUACUAUAUGCCACAAAAUCAUGAUGAUGGUCACUACAUUUCCUCUGAUGACGGAUUGCAGACCAGUAAUUCUAGAGCUAAAGGUUUUCAAACACAGUACUGCACCCUAGACUCGUCCUCAGCCAACUGUGUUUAUCCUGCACAUAGCUCUACCUCUUCUCAGAGUCAAAGUGGGAGUCCCCUGUCUCAGCAGGAGAGCCACUCAGAUCAUGCAUAUGGUUCCUCUCCAAGUGCGUCAUGUGUUACUCAGGUUCCCAGUUGGACACUUAAGGAUCUAGAAAAUGUGAUGCUCGGACCUGAUUCUGACAUAGGCAGCCCUGACAGCUCCUUACUCUCUGGCACUGCUUUGCAUGAAAACAACUGGAGAGAACUUUUGGGAAUUAAAACCGGGGAUUUGAGGCAGGUAAUUAUAGCAUGUGGUAAGGCUGUUGAUGAGAAUGCUUGCUAUAUGGACGCACUAAUGUCUGAGUUAAGGCAGAUGGUUUCUGUGUCUGGUGAACCGAUGCAACGUCUGGGAGCUUAUAUGUUGGAAGGUCUCAUUGCGAGGCUUUCUUUCACUGGACAUGCCCUAUAUAAAUCUCUGAAGUGCAAAGAGCCUGUGGCUACGAGUUCUGAGCUCAUGUCCUAUAUGCAUCUUCUUUACGACAUCUGUCCAUUCUUUAAGUUUGGUUACAUGUCUGCCAAUGGUGCCAUAGCUGAUGCUGUUAAGGGUGAAAACUUUAUUCACAUCAUCGAUUUCCAAAUCGCUCAGGGGAGUCAGUGGAUGACUAUGAUUCAGGCCCUUGCUUCAAGGCCUGGGAGACGACCAUACCUAAGAAUCACUGGCAUAGAUGACUCAAAUUCUGCUCAUGCCCGAGGUGGUGGACUGGAUAUAGUUGGACAGAGGUUGCACAGCAUUGCCCAGAAAUGUGGUCUGCCCUUUGAGUUCAAUCCUGUUCCAGCAGCUAGUCAUGAAGUUAUGUAUGAACAUCUUUGUGUAAGACCUGGGGAGGCAAUUGUUGUCAAUUUUGCUUAUCAGCUGCAUCAUACACCUGAUGAGAGUGUGGGCAUAGAAAACCAUCGUGAUAGGAUAUUGAGAAUGGUCAAGAGCCUCUCUCCAAGGGUGGUGACUCUUGUAGAGCAGGAGGCAAAUACGAACACGGCACCUUUCUUUCUUAGAUACCUGGAGACGCUUGAUUAUUAUACAGCAAUGUUUGAGGCGAUAGAUGUUGCUCGCCCCAGAGAUGAUAAGAAGCGCAUUAGCGCUGAGCAGCACUGUGUUGCUAGAGAUAUUGUCAAUUUAAUUGCUUGCGAAGGUGCGGAAAGAAUAGAGAGGCAUGAACCUUUCGGAAAAUGGAGGGCAAGGCUUGCCAUGGCUGGAUUUAGACCAUACCCGUUAAGUCCAGUGGUGAACAGUACCAUCAAAACACUGCUGGAUAGUUACCACAGCUGUUACAGGCUUGAGGAGAAGGAUGGUGUCCUUUAUCUUGGCUGGAAGAACAGAAAGCUGGUUGUAUCUUCUGCCUGGUGCUGACAUUUCCAAUUUUGGAAGAAGCUUUGUUUAGGUUCUUUCGUGGCUUUGUGUUCAGCACAUGAAUCCAAGGUGGAACCUAAACUUCUCAAUGCGGACUUCCUAAUAAAAAACAACUUGGUUGCUUCCUUGCUGACUGUUGUUGCCCAGCUUUCAAACAGUCCCAUGCUCACCAUCAUUUCAGACUCAAAUGGUUUAUCACUGGUAUACUCAUCAUGACUAGGUUCCAUCCUUAUCUAGGAGCAAGCAAACAGUGGCCCCCCCCACCUUCUACUGGUCUCAAUGUUGCAUGUUGGUAGAAAUCUGGUAUCAGCUUCCGAAUCUGGAUUUCUGAAACCCUGCAUGUUGCAUUUAGGUUGACUUGUACAAUGCUAUAUGAGUCUGAAGCUUAUGCUGGCCUUUCGGUAGUAGGCACAAGAAGUGCCAUUAGUCUGUAUGUACAACCUAUGCAGCUCGUGUAUUGUACUUACAUACAGUAUGGGUGAGUUACUUCGAUACUAUGCCUGGUUUGUGGUGAUCA